AGGAUAACGGGAGGGGUGCAAAGCCUCGUGCUGAAGGUACAAGCCUUGCGUCAGACUGUCAGGGUGGCGUCGGGGUCAACGCGCAUGCCAACGCGCGUCAGGAGGGAGGAAGGGAGGGAAGGGGCACAACACGCACGCGCGUCGCUGCAGCGUCACUGCUCGGUGACCUCCACCCUCAGUCAAGUGGGUCCUGUUAUCGUUCACGCUCCAACAGUCAGUGACAAGGCCUCUGUUUGAGGACAACCACAGGAACUGUGUCCUCUCCUUGUCACACACACACCGACUACUCGGCAGCAGCGGUAGAACUACAGUUUCACACCUACCUGUUGCUGAUGAUGGAAGUUCGGAGUGCUGUGUAAUGGCAAGGAGGGAGGAACAGGCCUGACGAGAGGGGGGGACAGGGGGGUCUGGUGUACCCGGGCCCGCGCCUGUCAAGGGGGCCCGGCCUUGGACACCGGCAGUCCGCCUGACACUGCAGCUGGUGAGACCUGCACUGGGAUGCCCUACAUCUCGGCUGCCGUGGCAACCACUCCCACGCCGUGAGAACCGAGGGUCUGUCAUGUCACACUCCGCAGCCGGACAGGAAGAAGGGAAGGAUUAAGGAAGAAAAAUGCCGAAAAAGAGAAAGCGCAAAGCGAAAUUCAAUCUGUGAGGAGGUGAGCUGAUGGACCGACAACACCAACGGAGACGUGACGUUCAGCGCCAGGGUAUUCCCCUUCCCGCGCACGUGAGGUGCGUGACGUCACAAUGCACGCUGUCGGGUGUGAUGUCACAAGGUGCGCCCUCGCACGUGGUGCACCAGUGGAGCCGAACUCCCUCGCAUGUUACGUACCAAGGCCCUCCAGUUCCCGCGCAAGUAAGGUGCCAGCCCACACCACCUCUCUCUCAGGUCCCGUUACUUUCACCGCCAUUCUCUGGAGGAACCAAUAGAGGAGAUCCCCUGCUACAGACUCUAGACAGUCGCAUGUCAGCCCCCGCUGGACCGCCACCUCUUCUGGUUCAUCCAUAUCCACACCCACAUCCACAUCCCCAGCAAUUCAUGAAUCCUCAAACAUCACUGUUCUCCUCCAGUCCCCAUCCCACAAUGCAGCAGAUUUUCGUCGGCAGUUUCCCGCAUUCUGCCGCACAGCAGCCACUGCAGAGCAGCUGUCCCACGCGUUUUCUUCCACCAAGAGUCCCUGACAACUGCUUAAUCGCUCCUUUCCCUCCAAGCCCACGGCCACCACUCGGCUAUUUUAAGCCCCCGACACACGUCCAGCGCCAUUUUGUGGCGCCAGGCGGCGGCGUUGAAAGACAACGGUUGCUGGCGCACGUGGGUUCUGUCACGGGAGCCUCCAACUUCAGGAAUGUUUAUCAGGAUUACGGGAAUCAAGAUCCCUGUCAUAGCUACCUGGGGAAUAACUUACACAGACAACAAUACAGCCACAUGCAGCGGGAGCCACCAGCGCCACCAGCGACCAUUGCACGGCCUGAGGUCGGAGGGCAACAAGCAGCGGAGGUAGUUGCAGUCGGCACCACGCGGUUGUUAGGCGGGGCGGAGGGAAGCGAGGAAGGUGGACAAGGAUCUCUGUUGUGUGCGACCAGACCACAGCAGGGUGGUGGAGGUUCAUGGCAGGGUGAGGAAAGUUCAUGGCAGGGUGGUGAAGGUUCACGGCAGGAGGGUGAAGGUCUACCUCAUGAUGGAGGUUCCCCGUUGUGUGCACCAGGACCAUCGCCGGGUGGACAGCGAUCGUCUCCGGGUGCAGAACCUUCUGUGGAUUAUGCGUCACAAGAAAACCUGACGUCACCAGCAAACCUAACGUCACCAACAUCAACAGACCAAACGUCACCGGAAAUCCAGUCUGCGUCAUCGGAGUCCUCCUCACCAACAGGUGCUGCUGCAGACGCUGCCAGUCCGGGCUACUUCCAGCCGGUGCACGUUCGAGCCUCACCUCUACUGGCGUCGUCCACUGCCGAGGGUCUCGUGGAUAAGCCAGACGGCGGGCCGACGAGACUGGAGCGGCUGUCUCCAGCAGAGACAGAGCAAGUCUUCAAGCAGUGGCAAGAGUUCGUCAGAGACAAGUACCCGGAACUCCACUCUCGGCCCUACUGCGUCCCACCCGUGCACUUCAAUCGCCUGAGCACCAAGUCCCACAAGGUCCAUGGCGCCAAGGUGGAGUUGCUAGGCACCGACGGCGACUCCAACCUCAAAGAUGACGACGCCCAGCGCCGCCUGGUGUCCGCCCUGUAUGCCAUGGCCAGACAAUCAGAUGAUGUCAUGUUCAUCAUGUCUUCUGUUACCUUCGACAAUUUCCUGAAAAAGCCCAUCACACUAGAAACGCCAGUGCCAGAGAAGGUCUUCAAGAAAAGGAGGAACAGAAAGAAACCUGCUCCUCAGAUCCCUCCGGAAGGUCAAGAGUUCAAUCCAGCAGAACAUCAGCAGUGUCAAGACCCCUCGAAGCCAGAUUUUAACCCCUGCAGCGACUCUGAGGGUAAACUCUCACCUUUAGACAAUGUCAAGGGUGGUGGUAAGCCCUCAACUCAGGGGGCAAAGAAAGAGAGAACUGUCCCCCCUUCCUCGCUGCCCCCGAGUCCAGACAACGGCAAGAACAAGAAACGGUUGGACCCUGUACACAAACUUCGAGUGGUCAAGAAGGGGAAGGCAGAUAGGUUCUUCCCGGCUCCCUCCCAUCUCGACAGCAGCCACAAACGAGGAGACCUGGACAUUCUGGUGGUGCACAAGCAGCAUGGCUUCGUCGUCAUGGAAAUCAAAGCCGUUGGUGGCAAGAAUGGCAGCAUGCAGCAAACCCUGCAGGACUUCGAGGAACUUGUGAGGAGGAAGCUGAAGAAGAGCACUGAGCAGCUGGACAAGGAGGAGAGAGUCCUGAGAUACGUAACAUCAGGAAGAAAUUUCUGGCAAAAUGGCGACCCAGUCGAGCUCAACGACAACGAGGCAGUGAACUUAAGAAAGGUCAUUGCCUUUCCGAAUAUACAGCGUGCCUGUCUGCGCCAGACACUGGAGACCUCACCUGAGGACUUACAAAAGAGGGUGCAAGAAUGUUUGGGAUGCUCGACCACCGAGGAUGUACUGAGGUACUGUCUGUGCGAAGACGAUGUACCGGCCUGUAGUUCAUCCAGCUGUGACCCCCACGCUGACCCCACGGCAGCCGUUGCCCGCUGGUGGGACGAGCUUGUCAACGACGGCAAAGUCUUGCGUCCCAUGACAGACACCGGGUACGAGGAUGUUAUCUCCAGAUUCUGCGGCAAGCACUCCAUGGUGACGGUGUGGAGCUGGGGGUCACCCAAGGCGGAGGUUCGAACCCUGGCCGAGGCCGUGUACGAGACAGGACGCCGCUUCUGCAUGUUGCUGCUGCGCCCGGGCCAGAUGGACCUCCUGGACAGCCCAGAGCCAAGAGUCUUCAUCCACGGACCUCCAGGGUCAGGCAAGACUUUGCUGUUGGUGCUGAAGGGCGUGGAGUGGGCGAGACAGGGGCGCCACGUGUACAUCCUGACGGGAGGUAACCGCAGCGUGUCCGUGUCCAAUGUGCUGUACGAGCAGAUCGUGCAGACCCUGAAGGGCAGUCAGGCAGUUGUCAACGUUCACAAGGUCUUCAUCACCCUGGACGCCGACCCCGAGGAAGAAGUCCGCAAGAUAUCGCUGCAGUCGCAAGGGAAACCGUUUGGAAUUUUGGUGGACGAGUGCUGGAAGCCUGUGUCAUCUUGCCAGAUGGUGCCCAUCCUUCGGUCCGUGCUGGACAUUUUGAAGCGAGUGCUGUGUCUGCUGAAGAUGAUCAGGAUGAGCUCUGCUCAGUCUUCUCAUGAACAAGUGUCGGAAACGACAAAACCUCAAAAUGUCACCCAAGAAUUAUCAUUGUGUGACACCAACACAGGAGAGGCUGAAAGCAAGAGAACUCAUUCUUCCUUGUCAGAAGGAUCUGUUUCAUCAGACAGUUCAUCGCAGGAUGUCAAUGGUGCGUGCAAGCCUGUUGGUGAGACCAGGUCUGGAAGGAAACCUCGCAUCCUGCUUUACCAGCAGUCGCCAGAUGACACAUGCCAUCAGCAACCCUCGUUUCUCGAUGUCCUGAGCUCGGUGAAGAGGCUCAAAGGUUCUGUGGGUCGGAUGAAAAGCGCCCAGAAGCUGGCCAAACGCGACCUGCCUGAAGAGGUGGACAUGCUCCUGGGUCAGAUCCUUGAGGUCCCGCUCGAGGACCAGAUCACCCUCCUGCAAACUCACCUCCCUCGGCUUUUCUCGCCUCUCCGAGACAGCGUCAGACAGGACGUGCUGCGCGUCAUCUCGCGUCAGAUGAUGUCACAUCUGAGCGGAACGAUAAUGGUGCUGUCAUCAGUCCAGGCCUGGAUAACCUCAGUCAUCUUCCGUCAUCUAGUGGACUGCGCGGCCCGACAUCCCCAGUGCUCGGCGUGGGCCGUGGGCGUGUGGCAAGGAGCUUGUCCUGAAGGGUUCGCUCUGAAAACGCUGACAAGCAUUGUGCGAUGUCCACCUAGUGUCCAGCAGGUGUUGGCGCAGGUGGAGCAGGAUGCUAGCCAGACACCGACCGUUCGUUACACCUACCUGGACUGCAGCACGCGCCAGAACCCUCCUCUUCCCUCGGACGGACUCGACCCCACCUACCUCGAGCACUCGGCAGCUGCGUGCGGGGAGACCGCGGGCGUGGAGGGCAUCUUCCAGUGCUACAGGUGCGGGCAUCAGCUCGGCAAACACUUGACGACGGAUCUCAGGAUAUGUCGAUCCUCAGGGGACAAGACCGGCCCGACGGAAGGCCUGCAGUUUAGUGACGUCAUCAUCAGCGGGAACGAGGCGAGGUGUCGUCCAGACUCGCCGUUUGUGCGCGGCCUCAGCGACCAGAACGUACCCGUCAAGGUGAUGAUCGAGGUCAAAGGUCAAGAGGAGGUGGCCCAGCGGCUGCUGACAGAAGACAAAGUGGUGAUCACGGACACUUUUUACAUUCACGGCUUGGAGCGGAAAAUCGUUGUGUACGUUCCCGAUGUGCAGACCAUCGGGGGAGAACAUCAGCGUGUCGUUGUUGCCGAAAAUGACGACAUCCGAGAACGACCGAGAGACGAUAAAGACGACGAGGAAGUUGGCGCUGGCUGUCCUCAGAAAGAAUCCUUCUGUCCCUGCCCACCGGACAUGAGCUUCAGUUUAUGUCGAGCCUCUGCCUACCAAACCACCGAGGGUGCGAACAUCAAGCUAAACGGUCCUUCGGUGAAGGAAGGAAGAAGCCUGGCUGCCAUGGAUCCUCGGUUGGCUGCCAUGGGAACUGCUAACAGACAGAUGCUGUGGUACGUCGCCUCCAGGACCUUAUCCCACGUAGUUAUCUUUCACUUCGGGGCGAAGACGGAAUCUCGACAAGUGCCUCCCAAAUGAUCUAUUAAUAGACGGAAUCUCGACAAGUCACUCCUCCCAAAUGAUCUAUUAAUAAUCUGGAAAUCUCGACAAGUGACUUCUAACAGACCUGUUAAUACUGACAGUGCAUGAGCUGUGCCUCAUCUGAUAUUUGUGGAUUCUGAAUCUCUACCAGGCUGCUGUGUCCGUGAGGUGAACACCUGGACAAUAAAAUGCACGAAUUCAACCGAUCACCUACAGACAAACAGAGCUGGGAGGGGGUAAGACCUACAUUCACUUGCAAGACAAUAUACCUGGGCUACAUUGUUUACACGAUUUCCUGACUGGGGCUAUAAACUGUUGGGUAGGAGUUCCCUCGGGCCUAUGAAACAGUAGUAACCCUUCCUCGCCAUCCAUCCCCUAGUAAACAACAGUUAUAGGGGAAAGUAAACGACAAGGAAAGGAAAAGGUUGAGAUCCACCUUCCACAUAGAGUAUUCUAGACAUGGGAAACACUUACUCCUUACUUCCCCUGUAGCUAGAGCUGUAAAAUCUGCAUACAAUAUACCUAAAAUAACAAACAAACACACACAUACACACAUUGCUUGUUACGUCACAAAAUGUAGAUCAUGUUUACAUCGUAUCGAGUGUUCACUCUUCGUCAUUCUGAUAAAUAAAACAAGUACAAAUUGCAAUAUUGUCAUAAAUACCAGCAUAUAUAUCUAUAGAGUAUAGAGAGACUCAGCUUGUCCCUUGCAGUUUGUCCUCAAUCAUCAGUUUGUAACGAGGAGAGGGCGGGGGUGGGAUAGGUCCGAAAUCAACGAGUGCUUAGCUGCCCUCUUGCUUUCGUUGACUACCCAACCUCUCCUGCGUUCAGCCUAUCUUCAUGUACUUCUAACAGUUUUACUCUCAGAUUUAAAAAAAAAAAAUCUGUUCCACGAGCAUUACUCCUUACACCAGUCAACAUCUUUGUCAAAAGUUGUAAUUAUAGUCGGUUGACUAGUCCGCCUGCUCAUUUUUCUCUACAGAUUUGUGAUACUCUCCGUCCUUACUGCGUGUUCCCAGAUUCCUCUGUUUUGUUUCUCCUUCCGUUCUUCGUCUUCUAUCCAUGUUUCCUCUUGCUGACAGCAUAUAUAUGUUGCUUCGUACACAUGAUUAUAUGCUAUAUAAACUACAUUAUUAUUAUCAUCAUCAUCAUCAUUAUUAUUAUUAAAGACUGCAGAGCCUCUCUACUUCAUUAUUUGAUUUGCUUGAAGGCUUCCAUGGAGAUAUAUAGCUGUUUCUCAAACCUUUCAUGUAUUACUGUCUAUACCUGAACAUGUAUAAACCUUACUGUGCCUCUUAACUCUCUUUUGUAUAUUUUCAACAAAUAAAAAUAACUUGGAUUUUACUGGGUGUCGCGUGUCUGUCAUUCGCCACGAUCGUUCACUCAAGAU